UGUGUACUCUUUUUUUUUUAUUAUUAUUCUCCCACCUCCUUCGCCUAACUUUCCCUUUCUUGCUCUCUUAGUUUUUCUCUUCCCCAACCAUCCAAUUCUUUCGUUUGCAAAUGAAAACCAAGUAGAGGACAUAGAUUCAUAAUCCUUAUUACUUGUGAGAACUUGUUCUACAUCCCUACUAAUCUCUAAGAUCAUCCGGUUGAUUCAAUCAUUGCAAACAUACUUGAGAAAAGUAGUAGCAGAACACAGAAUAUGACUUCUAAGGAGGAGAAAAAAGAAACAACCAUGGUGGAAGAAUCUCUUUCAAGCCUGCACAUAGCAAUGUACCCUUGGUUUGCUUUUGGCCACAUGAUUCCAUUUCUCCAAAUUGCCAACAAAUUAGCCAAUAAAGGUCACAGAAUCUCCAUCUUCAUUCCAUCAAAAACUCUACCCGAAUUGCAACAUUUCAAUCACUUUCCAAAUCUCAUUACCUUUGUCCUUAUCACUGUUCCUCAUGUUGAUGGUCUCCCUCCUGGAGCUCAAACUACUGCUGAUAUUUCUCACCCUUCACAACUACCUCUCCUCAUGAUUUCUAUGGAUCUCACUGAACCUGAAAUCGCCUCUUGUCUUCAAGACAUAAAACCCAACGUCAUCUUCUACGAUUUUGCGUAUUGGGUGACAAAACUAGCUGAUCAAAUGGGCAUCACAUCAAUUUAUUAUAAUGUCGUUUCUGCUGUCACAGUUGGUUAUGUUCAGGGAAAAAUAUGGGAAUUGUCUGGACAUGAUACUUUAACUCAAGACGAUUUUAUGCAGCCACCUCCUGGUUUCCCAAGUUCCUCAAUCAAGCUUCAUGCUCAUGAGGCUCAAAAUUUUGCAUCCCUUAGCCAUUUGAGAUUUAGCAAUGGUAUCGCUCUCUUUGAUCAAUUUUCCACUUCAUUUACCAAUUGCAAUGCUUUAGCAUUGAAGUCAUGUAGAGAGAUUGAAGGACCUUUCAUAGGCUACAUAGAAAAUGAAUUGAAAAAGCAUGUGUUACUGUCAGGAGCUGUGGAUUUAGAACCACUAACCACAAGUUUAGAAGAAAGAUGGGAAAAAUGGUUAGCAAAGUUCCACUCUGGCUCAGUCAUAUAUUGUGCAUUUGGAAGUGAAUGUAUUUUGACCAAAAUCCAAUUCCAAGAACUGUUGUUGGGUCUUGAGCUUUCAAACUUACCAUUUUUGGCUGUACUCAAACCACCUGAGGGCAUCGACACAGUCGAGGCCGCUUUACCAGAAGGUUUCGAACAGAGAAUUGAAGGGAGAGGGGUAGUGUAUGGAGGAUGGGUUCAACAACAGCAAAUUUUGGAGCACCCAUCAAUUGGUUGCUUUGUUACACAUUGUGGAGCAGGGUCUUUAAAUGAGGCAUUGGUGAGGAAGUGUCAGUUAGUGUUGUUGCCCCAUGUUAGUGACCAUUUUUUUAGAGCAAGAACAUUGAGCAGCCAUUUGAAGGUUGGUGUGGAGGUGGAGAAAAGAGAAGAAGAUGGAUUUUUUAGCAAAGAAAGUGUGUGUAAGGCAGUGAAGACAGUGAUGGAUGAAGAGAAUGAAAGUGGAAAAGAGGUGAGAGCAAAUAUAGCAAAGUUAAGAGAGUUAUUGGUUGACAAGGAUUUGGAAGAGUCUUACAUCAACAACUUCAUCCACAAACUCCGUAGUUUGAUUGUAUAAGUAAGAAGGAAAGAAAGAAAGAAGUCUCUGCAUGAAGGAAGGAAGAGCUAAAGAGCGUUUGGGUUGUCAAAGCAAGUUUAAUGUGAGAUUUCAUGGGUAAAUAAAAAGUGUAUUUAAUUUAACUUUUUCACGUGUUUAAUCUUUAACAGUUCGCUUGAAAAAAAUAAGUGGGGUGAUAAGACUAGAUUGAUUAUUA